AUGAAAGCAGCACACAUUCACUUGACCAACCAGCCUCUCAAUAAGGCUGCUUGGGCACUCAGCCCCAAAGCCAGACCAUUCGUGGUGCAAAAAGCGCCCUACCCUUCCCCCGAAUCAAACGAGGUAGUGGUGAAAAACCAUGCCGUCGCAAUCAACCCAUGUGACUACAUGUUGCAAGAAACUGCAUUCCUGGAUUAUAUCCCAUAUCCCAACAUUUUUGGCGUCGAUGUCGCAGGUGAAGUGGUGGAAGUAGGGUCAAAUGUCACUGAUCUGACAGUUGGACAGCGGGUGAUCGGACAUGCCUUUGGGAUGGAUAGCACCUAUACCCGCCACGCCGGAUUCCAACACUAUACCGCUCUACUUUCGAGUUUAACCUGUCCAUUACCCGCCGAUGUCUCGUUCGCUCAAGGCUGUGUCGUCCCCUGUGCGCUUUCGACCGCUGCCGCGGCGUUGUAUCAAAAGGAAGAUCUUCAUCUUCAACAUCCUUCUGUGACUCCCAAACCUACCGGCAAGUUUCUCUUGGUAUGGGGCGGCGCGUCUAGUGUAGGUAGUUGUGCUAUCCAACUGGCUAAGGCUUCAGGCUAUGAAGUCGUGACCACCGCCAGUCCACAGAACCAUGAACAGUGUCUUCGUCUCGGUGCGUCCAAGGUGUUUGAUUAUCACAGCAAAUCUGUGAAGGAUGAGAUAGUCCAGGCUCUGAGCGGUGUGGACUUUGCGGGCGUCCUGGACUCGAUCUCCAAGCAGCCAACCGUGCAGAUGUGUGUGGAUAUUGUAUUCGCGUUGAAGCAGGACAAGAAAGUCAUGACCACAAACCCCGUCCCAGAAGAGAUGUCACUUCAUGGAAUUGAGGCUAAAGCAGUGCUGGCAGGGACCAUCGUAGAGAAUGAAGUCAGCAAAGCUAUUUACCGUGAUUUCCUGCCUGAGGCGUUGAAGAAAAAGAUCUUCCAAGCUACACCAGAGCCGUUGGUGGUUGGCCAUGGAUUGGAGUCAGUUCAGGUUGGAUUGGACAGAGUGCGGCAAGGCAUGAGUGCUCAAAAGGCCGUCGUGAUGUUAUACUUCAUCAUCUCGUCCAUGUACAUUGCUUUGUUUGCUGAAACCUUCCUUUUUGGCUUCAUUGUUCCAAUCCUUGGAUAUAUGCUCGAAGACCGUCUACACUUGGAUCCCUCGCAUACCCAAAGUCUCACCACUGCGCUGCUCACAAUCCACGGUUUUGUCUCCCUGAUCUCCGGUCCCAUUAUCGCCCACUUUGCGGACAAAACGCCAAGCAAGAAGAUCCCGCUACUUUUUGCUCUGACCGGAUGUCUUAUAGGCACAAUUCUCGUCGCCUGCACUCCUUCACUAUGGGCGCUCUUUUUAGGACGAAUCAUCCAAGGUGUCGCAGGAUCUGCUACAUGGGUUAUUGGCCUAGCUACGAUAACUGAUAUCACGAGUAACGACAAAAUGGGACAGGUUAUGGGUACUGCCAGAUCCUUCGCAUCAACAGGCGUCGUUGGAGGACCCAUGGUCGCCGGUGUGCUACUUCAACUGUUUGGAUACUGGCCAGCAUGGUCCGUCCCGAUGGCGGUGCUUGUCUUGGACAUGGUCGCCCGUCUCAUGAUCCCCAACCAACCUGCCAGCUCCCCCGGGUCCGGCUCCUCUGCCACAGACGUUCCCCCAGAUGAGACCACCUCCUUACUUUCCGAAUCCUCUGACGUUAAUCAAGCCCCCGAAGCUGGUCCAUCAGUCGAAUGCUUGGAGAAUGCAUCAGGUCGUGGUUUUUACAGCAUUAUGCUUCGCGAUCCUAGGGUCCUGUCCGGUCUCUUAAACAGCCUGACCACUUCUGCCGUCGUUGCUGGGUUUGAUACUACUCUUCCUUUACAUGUGCGUAACGCAUUUGGCUGGGAGAGCUUACCUGCUGGGAUGAUGUUUCUUUGCCUGCAGAUUCCUGCCAUCCUAUUGGGUCCUGUGGCCGGGUCGAUUCGAGACCGACAUGGUGUCCGAUCUAUUACUUUUUCCGGUUGGGUUAUUCUAACUCCGCUGUUCGUUCUCCUGGGUAUGCCCGGCGACAGUCGAUUUCCGUGGGCUAGUGAAGAAGCCGGGACAGCCAUUCACCUGGCAUCCUUGUCCGCGAUUGGCCUUUUCCUCUGCUUGGUGCGUGGUUCGGGUGGUCAGCAAAUGUCAGCCCUCGCCAAAGACCUUCAGGCCAAGAAUCCCCUCAUCUUCGGGGCCCAUGGGGGAUCAUCCCGUGUUUCCUCGCUGUACGGGGUUUCUUUCAGUCUUGGGUUAAUGCUGGGACCUUUGAUCUGCGGAUCUUUAGUCGAUGCUGUUGGAUACUUCUAUAUGAACGUAAUAAUGGCAUUUAUCUGCCUCGCCAAUGGCGCCUCAUCCCUCUUCUUUAUGGAGGGCAAAGUGCCCAAAGAAUGA